AUGAUGCCACUCGAGUUUUCUGUUAUCUUUGACGAAAAUUCACGGUUUCAUAUUUUUAUUUGAGAAUCGACUUUAUCUGGUGAAUUUAUCCCAACUGUCCAGAGUAGUAAAGGCUUGCUAUGUUGUGUAGGAGUUCUGAGCCCUAGAUUAAUCUUAAGAAGUGCAAUCUACCACAGGUGGUGGAGAUUGUGAACCUCAUGGCACCUGAAAGUCUCAACUUGGUAG